AUGGAGAUACCAGAAACAACCAAGGACGCAGCUCAGGAUGGAGACCCUCGAGCCGUGCUGCCAACACAUACCAUCACUACCACCACCAGGGCAUCACAACCAGCGACCAGCGGUUCUAUCAGCAACACUGACGACGGGGAGUACAAGUGCCGUGACGGGUCCUCCCCCGAGGUGCACUACAAGGUCAUCUACGGGGUAGUGGGUGCCGCCUAUUCCGUCAUCUGCAUCCAGGUGGCCAACCUGCUCCGCCUCUUCAGGAUUCCGCAGAUGAGCUUCUUCUCCACGUCGCCGGAGCUGAGCAACAAGCAGCGCUUCGAGCACUUUUCUCGCACCAUACCUUCCGACCACUACCAGGUUAAGGCAAUGGUAGAGAUCAUGAAGAAGCUUGGUUGGUCCUACAUCUCCAUCUUAUACGAGGAGUCCAACUACGGCAUCAAGGAUUUUACUCAGAUGCCAUUACUGCGUCCCCAGACAAUAAUUCCCAUAUUUCGCCUCCUCAAACCUCACAGGACAUCACCAAAGAUCACCCAUAACACCAUAAUACCAUCCCUAAAAUCACCAAUACACCACAAAACCAGCUUCCAAGGCCAGCACCACGGCCUCCACUUACAAAAUGGCUGCCAGUUUGACCUAUGA